AGAGGCCAACAGUAGCCUUCCCUGACUUACUACUCUGGGGGUGCUUGGAAGAACAGGAUGUUUUCUUGUUUUCAGAUUUCCAGGGGUUUGGGCCAAAAAAAACCCAAGCGUGGUGACCUUGGCCACUUUUGGAGACGUUUGAUACGCCCUCUGACACACUUCUGGCAUGCUUCCCACAGGAAUCCCAAGGAGCCAGACUUUCCGUAUAACCUACCCAAGUUUACUUACAACUCCUUUGAAUUUGUUGAACAAAUGAUCGCUUAUAUACCAGCUGCAGUUCAUUACCACGACCAACUAUCCAUCAGCCUAUUCCUGGCUGUCUACCAUAGGUACUGUAGCACCUGGGAGGUGCUGGACCUGCUGAUGAAAACGUAUCCAUCCUUCCAGCCUGACUGCGAGCAAGACCAGCUCACAAAGAGUGCCAUAUUCAACUUUCUGGCCCACUGGCUUGACACAUUCCCUGAGCAUUUUUUUGACUCCCCCAACCUGGCAGUCAUGAGGCAGUUGAUGGACUACGCAGGGCGCCAUAUGCCUUCUGCAGAAUUCGAUAAAGAAUCCAGGGAGCUGCUCUCUAGGCUGGAGGAGCAGGAGGCCAAAAAGCUAAAGCUUGAGAAAGACUGUGCAGCAACUGCAGAGCAGGAUGCCUCCAGAAUGCAAGAGAAUCUGGCUCUGAGGCUAGCUUCUGUGGCAGAGCCACAGGGAGACCUGCAACCCCAAGUGGACACGGAGCUCCUGGAACAAUCAGUUGUGGAACCCUUUGUGCCAGAACCUGGACCAGUGCAGCUUCCCACUUUUGAUCAAGCUCUGCCCACAUCAACUUAUACACAGUCACCUGAAGAUGUGGCUGUAGAUGAGGCUGCAGACAUGGUUGCAGAUGAGACUGCAGACGAGGCUACACAUGAGGCUGUAGAUGUUUCACCUGCCAAGCAGUUAUUUCUAUCUUACACUGUGCAAUUAGGUACACCAGAUUUCAUUUUCUCUCUGCCUAAGGUUGACAUAUAGUUAGGAAAAUGAUCUGCUGAGUUCCACCCAGCUGGGUUCCCCACCUAAGCUGAUCUCAUAUUGUUAGAGAUAAUAUCUAUGUUUAUUAUAUUUGGAUACUAAUAAAAAUGAAUUGUUUACUUAUCUU